AUGGCCAUUUUCCUUGUUUACACACCCAAGGAUACAGUAGAUGCUGCCAAGAUUUCGUUCAGCAAGCUAGGAGGCAAAGACAACAGAUGUGGGGCUUGCUUGAAAAGGCCUGCCAUACAUGACUUCAGACGUCACAGAAGUCUCAGGCAAGUCAUUCGAUUACAUUGUUGUGGGGGAGGCACUGCCGGUUGCCCCCUAGCAGCAACCCUUUCAGAGAGAUUCUCGGUUUUGCUGGUAGAGCGAGGAGGCUUACCCUAUGGAAAUGUCUUCAUAACAAAUAAAGGAGUUCCCAACCAUAGAGGACGAGUACUUGGAGGAUCAUCAGCAAUAAAUUUCGGGUUCUAUAGCAGAGCCAGUGAUGAUUUUGUUACAAGGGCGGGGUGGAAUAAAAAGUUGGUGAAGGAGGCCUAUGAAUGGGUGGAGUCUAGAAUUGUUUCUAUACCCAAUAAGUUGACGAAAUUUCAAUGUGCUCUCAAACUUGGCUUGCUCGAAGCUGGAGUUCUACCCUAUAAUGGGUUUAGCUGGGAACACAUAGAAGGGACAAAGAUUGGAGGAUCUUUGUUUGAUAACUGUGGAGAAAGGCACACCGCAGCUGAUCUCUUACAGUCAGGGAACCCAGACAAUAUCAUGGUUCUUCUUAAUGCAACUGCAAAGAGUAAAGGAAAUGAGAGCAUAGUUAAUGGUAUUAGGUUCAUCGAGAGUGGUGGUAGCCCCAAUCAAACUUAUGAAGCUUACCUCAAGCACCCAACGAAUUCGGGUAAACAAGGUGAUGUUAUUUUGUCAGCAGGAACAUUAGGUAGUCCCCAAAUCUUGAUGUUAAGCGGGAUUGGUCCAAAAAGUCAUCUUAAGAACUUUGGUAUCCCACUUGUGUUAGACUUGGAAGGGGUUGGACAGGAGAUGCAAGAUAAUCCAGCUAUAGUCACAAGCGCGACCACACGGUAUCAAUUUUCUAAUACUCUACAAGUCGCGGGCGUAGCGGAAGACUUCAGAUUCUUAUACGAGGGAAUAAUCGUACCAACUAGCUUCAAUGCAUCAGCUAUAGUAAUUGCAGGCAAGAUUGCAGUCCCAGAAUCAAGGGGAAAGCUAGAAUUAAACAACACGGACCCUAGGCAAAACCCUUUAGUGGAAUUCAAUUAUCUAGAAAGUGAAAAAGACUUGGAAGAAUGUGUUGAGAUGGUUCGAUUGCUUGAGAAGAUAGCAAGGUCAAAGCCCAUUACUUGUUUCAUGAGUACUCAACCCCAAUUUAAUUUUUAUUCCGGUCCUCGUGAUUUAGGAAAUUUCUGCAUCGAGAAUGCAAGAACCAUUUAUCAUUAUCACGGUGGUUGCGCGGUUGGAUCAGUUGUUGACAAGGACUACAAGGUUUAUGGGAUAAAAGGACUGAGAAUCAUAGAUAGCUCAGCUUUUCUGGAAUCACCAGGUACAAACCCAGCAGCUACCGUCUUAAUGCUGGGACGGUAUCAAGGGAUAAAGAUUCUUGAGGAAAGGGAGAGUGCUUCGGCACUUGGUACUCAGCCAUACCCAUAA